UUUUUAUGUGCUAGUCGUUUUUCAAAUUAUCCUAUCUCAUCGUAUCAUCGAACUCUCAGAGGUGCGAUUUUCAGAAUUCCAAUGGCGAAGCCUAUAGUCGAUGCGGACUACCUUAAGGAAAUCGAAAAGGCCCGCCGUGAACUCCGCGCUCUUAUCUCCAACAAAAACUGUGCCCCUAUCAUGCUUCGCUUAGCGUGGCAUGAUGCGGGGACGUAUGACGUGAAUACGAAGACCGGAGGUCCUAAUGGUUCGAUUCGCAACGAGGAGGAGUACACUCAUGGCGCUAAUAGUGGAUUGAAAAUUGCUCUCGAUUUUUCCGAACAAGUAAAGUCCAAAUGUGGAAAGAUUACAUACGCAGACCUAUACCAGCUCGCUGGUGUUGUUGCUGUUGAGGUAACUGGGGGCCCCACAAUUAACUUUGUUCCUGGUAGAAAGGAUUCAAAUGUUUCUCCUAGGGAAGGGCGACUUCCAGAUGCUAAAAAAGGUGUGCCACAUCUGAGGGAGGUAUUUUACCGGAUGGGUUUAUCUGACAAGGACAUUGUGGCACUAUCAGGUGGCCAUACCCUGGGAAGGGCGCAUCCUGAAAGAUCAGGUUUUGAUGGGCCUUGGACUAAAGAGCCAUUGAAAUUUGACAAUUCAUAUUUUGUGGAACUACUCAAGGGGGAAAGUGAAGGGUUGCUUAAACUACCAACAGAUACAGCUUUACUGGAGGAUCCUGAGUUUCGUCGUUAUGUUGAGCUGUAUGCUAAGGAUGAAGAUGCCUUCUUUAAAGAUUAUGCAGAAUCUCAUAAGAAACUUUCAGAACUAGGGUUCACUCCAUCUGGUUCAAAGGCAAUUGUAAAAGAUGGCACUGUACUGUCUCAAAGUGCUGUUGGAGUUGCUGUUGCUGCAGCUGUGGUGAUCCUGAGCUACUUAUAUGAAGUCAGAAAAAAGAUGAAAUAAAUUGGGACAUCAAUCAUCUUUUCCACACAUUUGAAGCUAAUUCUACAUUAAUCAUAAAACAGAUCUGGGCUCUGCCCUGGAGCACAGUAAUUCGUAUUUGAAAUAACACACUGAGGCUAUAUGUGGAAAGUAGAUGAAUCAUGAAUUAGCGGAAAAUUGUGGAAACUUCUUGAUACAUAUUGAAAUAAAUAUUGUAUUGUUGGGAUGAAAUAUAGAUUGGCUUAUGUUUUACUACUAUGUGCUAAUCAAGGAAGUUCAUUUCAGAUGGGA